ACUUUGUCAGGUUUUGGCCUAAAUGUUCUUAAGCAGUAAUCUAUUAACUUUAAACCCAUCAUGGAAUUAGUUCCUCCAGGACCUUAAUCCAGUAUAUAUGCACAUGGCGAUCACAACCAUUAAUCCAGUAUUUAAACCCAUCAUGAAACUUUGUCACUGGAGGGCUCUGCUACCUGCAUCAUGGGCACAAUCGCCCCAUCGUGCACCACAACAUCAACUCUACCAAUAUAUUGCUUGACACUGGUCUCAAGCCCAAGAUCGCAGGUUUUGAUCUUGCACGGAUCAACCUUGCUGGAACGGACCAACCGGUGCCAAUAUGGGAGCUCCCUGCUGUCAACAUGGUGGGCCAUACGGCUCCAGAAUACACGACUGCAUUGACCUCCAAGGUUGACGUGUACAGCCUUGGUGUGGUGCUGCUGGAGCUCGUCACUGGGCGGGUGGCCAACAAAGCGGUUGCGAGUGGCCACUUGGCAACCUCUUGCAAACGCCUGAUGGAGAACACUGGAGAUUUCAGCGACGUCUUUGAUGUGGCAAUCCCUGAUCAAGCGCGAUACCUCAAGGAGAUGGUGGCCAUGUUCAGGCUUGGUGUGCUUUGUACCCACGAGGAUCCGCAGAAGAGGCCAACCAUGUGCAAGGUUCUCUGCUGCCUCCGCAAUCGUGGCCGUUGA